AUGGAAGCGUGGAAGGUGGUUGUGAUGAGUCAAGAAAGAAUGACUUUCACGAGGGAAGCAAGGAGAUUUGAUGCAUCCAGUUGCAACGCAUUAACAGUUCACAAAGGUCAUUUUGUUGUGUACAAUUUUGAUCAAAGAUGCUUUUUAGUUCCUUUGGCUUAUCUCAGGAAUAGAAUAGUCAGGGAGCUCUCAGAAAUGGACAAGGAAGAGGAUGGACUGCCGAAUCAUGGCCCUACCACAUUUCCAUGUGACUCAGUUUUUAUGGACUGCAUAGUCUCCUUGAUAAGAAGGCAUGCAUGUAGGGAUCUGGAGAAGCAGACGUCAUAUUCAGUACAAUUGAUUGAUACUUAUCAGACUCAGGUCUCCAAUAAGGUCAAAGCAAUUCGCAGUUGCUGA